CGCUUACAAGGUUUGAUACACAAAUCCUCUCUCACACAAACGCGAAGAACAAUGACUAACGUUGCAGUAAUAGCCGCUAUUCUGAUUACAGGAUUGUUAUCAGCUAGCGUGUCAGAACAAAUGGCUCCAUCUCCUUCCUCAGGACCUUCGGCUGCACCAGACUGCAUGACGAAUCUGUUGAACAUGACCGACUGUCUUUCGUACGUUCAGGUUGGAAACGGUGGUGGUGCGGCCAAUCCAGACAAAGCUUGCUGUCCGGAGCUUGCCGGCCUAGUCGAUAGCUCGCCACAAUGCCUCUGUUACCUGCUCGGCGGAGAUAUGGCGGCUCAGUAUGGAAUCAAGAUUGAUAAGGCAAAGGCUCUCAAGCUUCCCGGAGUUUGUGGCGUCGUUACUCCGGAUCCCUCACUUUGUUCACUGUUUGGAAUUCCAGUUGGAGCACCGGAAGCUAUGGGCAAAGAGGAAGCGUCCCCAGCCUUCGCUCCAACUUCAGGUGCGGAAUCACCCGAAGGAUUAGGGUCGGGUCCAUCAGCUAGCAGGACGAGCGAUGCGCCAAACACACCUUAUUCUCUUUUUCUCAGUGUCAUAAUUAUUCCAUUAGCCUUUGCAUUUCAUCUAUAUUCCUGAUUUAUUUUUCUUAUUAGCGACACCAUUAUUCGUAUUGUAUUUUCUUAUAAAACGAGUAGUCUUGCUUUUGCAGGUUAUUUUCCUGCAUUUAUUACUUUGUGUUUAUGGAUUAUAUAUCUUCAUUCAUCUUACAAAAUAAA